CGUCACUACCGUAAAGAAUCGGGACGCCAGGAAGAGCGGAGUGUGCGCCGCUCGAUGAAUGAAACUGAACGGCAAAACUUCAUUCAUUCAUUCAACUUCUCGACGAAAUUUGACAGCGUUUGCCCAACAUUGCAUAUUAGCUGCUUCUACCAGCUACAGCCAGUUGCAGUGUGGCAUCCUGACACCUCUUGUCUUACUUUGCCUAGUCCCCUGUCUGUGCAAGGUGUGCAUGUUUGUCACUGUUGCUGGAAAUACUUGCUUAAAAGUGUGUGCACUUGUCUAUGAGCGUGCAUACCUAACUUGAGCUGCAGCAGUGUGUGUGUGCUUGUGUGUGUGAGUGACUAGCCUGUGUGAGCCAUGUCGGUGUCAGUGAUCAUAAAGUGGGGAGGUCAGGAGUACUCCAUCAGUUCUCUGUCUGAGGAGGACACAGUCAUGGACCUGAAACAGUCCAUUAAGACCUUGACUGGGGUGCUGCCAGAGAGACAGAAACUACUGGGACUCAAGGUCAAAGGUAAACCUGCAGAGGAUGAGGUGAAGCUGGGCUCUUUGAAGCUGAAGCCUAACACCAAGAUCAUGAUGAUGGGCACCAGAGAGGAGAGCCUGGAAGAGGUUUUAGCCCCUCCACCGGAAAAUGACGACGUUGUCAAUGAUUUUGACAUCGAGGAGGAGGUCAUUGAAGUGGAGAACAGAGAGGAGAACCUGGCUAAAAUAGCCCGUAGAGUGAAAGACUAUAAGGUGGAAGAACUGAACCCUCCAAGAGAAGGGAAAAGGCUCCUGGUCCUGGAUGUGGACUACACAUUGUUUGAUCACAAAUCAUGUGCAGAAACGGGCCAGGAGCUGAUGAGACCAUACCUUCACGAGUUUCUAACAUCAGCAUAUGAAGACUAUGACAUUGUCAUCUGGUCUGCUACGAGUAUGAAGUGGAUCGAUGCCAAAAUGAAAGAGCUGGGAGUGACAGACAACCCUAACUACAAGAUUACAUUCAUGUUGGACAGUGCUGCCAUGAUCACAGUACACACCCCUAAGAGAGGGGUUGUGGAGGUGAAGCCCUUGGGUGUGAUAUGGGGAAAGUACGGAGAAUUUUACAACAGGAAAAACACCAUUAUGUUUGACGACAUCGGACGAAACUUCCUCAUGAACCCGCAGAACGGAUUAAAGAUCCGGCCCUUCAUGAAGGCCCAUCUCAACAGGGAGAAGGACAGGGAGCUCUAUAAACUGGCUCAAUACCUCAAAGAAAUUGCCAGGCUUGAAGACUUCAGUGGGCUCAACCACAAACAUUGGGAGAGGUACCUUUCUAAGAGGCAGCACCACUGAGGAGGAACUGCAUCGUCAGCAGAGACUUGGGCUGGAUUCAACCAUCCCUUCAUCCAGUUCUCACACACAGAACACGCACAUACACUUGGCUGUUGCAAGUCCUUCAUCCCAAACCUUCCCUUAAAUCCGACACUAACUCCGCAGCUGCCAGCAGUCAGAGGCGCAGGACUGAGAUGGGCUUCCCAGUUUAUAUAUUUGCAUGUUCUCUGCCCUUCCCUAGUCUGGAACAUUAUUUGUUUUUCAUUAAUAUUAUUUGCAUUUGCUACAAUAACACUGGCAGCAAGUACCAGUCUGCAGCAUAGAUUGUACAAUAUACCAGGUCUGGUUUGAGGAGACCAACUCCAGCUCAACCACCAACUUAUGGUGUUCAAUCAGGUGUUUAACAUACAUGAUGAAUUCCACAGUUGCCUGGAAGUGUUUGAGAUCUUUUGCACUGGCUUUGUCACCCAUCUGGAAGAUGGGUGACACCACCAUUUGCACAUAAUGGUAACGAAACGUUACUUGUCACUAAAACAAGGCAUACUCUGCUGUGCAAGCCUCUCUGCUACACCAAGCAAGUAAAAACAGAUACAAAAUAUAACUUCACCGUGUAUGGUUAUGGUCAGUAAGUGGAGUUUUCCACCUCUGUAGGCAGCUGAAGUGUUACAUGUUGUGAAUGCUGAUGAGACAGAUUGACCACUGAUCAGCCGAAAGGCAUUCCAACAGGACAGAAUGAGUAAACGCAAGUUAUAUAACAAGUAAUCUGAACGUUUUUCCAAGAAGUGAGGAUACAUUCAUAAUUUUAAAAAUAUGAUUUUCACGGCAUAUCUGGAAAGUCAGUUUCAUGUGAAUUGUAUUGAAGGAUUAAAGUGUUGGAAGGGAAGAAUCAAAAUCAAAGAUAAAUCUGCGUCCUUGAGCAUCGAACAGAUGCCUGCAACCUUCACAGUUUGACAUGCAAUAAUAUGCAAUAAUCCUUGAAGCUGCUGUGAGAUUAAAGGCUGUUGAUCUUGAGAGUGGUUCAAACUAAAAUGUUUUCUUCAAAGCAAUUCUCUGUAGUGCAUGUUGUGAUUGGAGGGGAAAAAUCUUUUGUUUUUACUUGUAUGCAGAGAUCACUACACACAGGCUUGUGGGCUGGAUGUUGUGUUACAUUUACACACUGAACACAUAAGUGGUGAGGUUUCCACAGGCCCAAUGGUGUUUGUGUGUAUUUGUGUUUUUCUGUGCAUGUCAUCGUUACAUGCCAGCUACAUCACUGACAUUUACAAGAAAGGAUCAAUUCUAUUUUUUUUAUGCAGAAGUCAUUAUAUUCUGUAGUUUUUUUGGAACUUAUUUUGAAGGCUUUUGUGAAACCCAAAUGUUAAUGAACAAAGUGAGGAUGAGGGAUGAUGAUGGGAACAGACCUUACAAAACGUGCAUUGUGCGCUUUUUUCACAUUUCAGUAGCUUUUGAAAUACGCCAGCACUUAUUGUCAACUUUUAUGUUAAGUUAUGGAUGAAGGAGGGGAAUUUUAGGAGAAAGGGAAAACUUGUCCCACCUUAUAAGCAAAUAGUACCUGAAGAUCUUGUGAACAUCAGGGAUGUGAUUUUCCAGAUUUUGUCAGGUCUAAAGCUAUUUUAGAAAUUCAAUUCCUUUUUAUUUCUAGAGAAGAUUUCUUGAGAUCUGCUUUUUCUGUUGCCCUUAUCACAUCCCUGACAUCCUGGCUGUAAAUAUGACAAUAAACCUUUUUUGUACCUAUCUUA